GAAGUGAUGUUGCUAGGACACAAUCAUAAACAUAGAGUAACUGCAAGUUGACGGCUUCGCAAACGAACAGACCCCUCCAUCCGCAAUAACCAUGCUGGCAUUGCCUUAGGUAAAAGGAAUUGAGCUGGAGAACAGCCAACGAAUGACAGGGGACAGACUUGUGUCCAAUUAAGGAUGACAGGCUGGCUCUUAAGUUUGGAGGGCCAGUCAGAGGGCAUCCAGCAUUAAACAGGAUGUAAUGGAAGUGUACAGAUGAUAGAACAUGGGAAAAAGAUGAUCUCCAAAAAUGGAUGAACAAAAAUUAAAGAAUAUUUUCAUACACGAAACAUCUUAACCUCGUUAAUAUGGAAGAGAUUGCAGUCAAAGUCGCUGUACGGAUUCGACCUCUGCUUCCAAAAGAAAUCCUCCACAACAAUCAAGUUUGUGUUCGGGUUGUUCCCAACACACAGCAAGUUGUGAUUGGGAAAGAUCGUGCUUUUACAUUUGAUUUUGUAUUUGGACAAAAAUCAUCCCAAGAAGAUGUAUAUUCUGCCUGCAUAAAGCCUUUAGUGACAUCAGCAAUUGAAGGUUAUAACGCUACUGUCUUUGCUUAUGGACAAACUGGAUCGGGCAAAACAUACACAAUUGGCGGAGGACAUAUAGCUUCAUUUUCUGAUGAGUUGAAAGGCAUUAUUCCACGUGCCAUUCAUGAGAUCUUCCAAAACAUCACUGAAAAUCACAAUAUAGACUUUCAUGUGAAAGUGUCCUACAUUGAAGUGUAUAAAGAAGAACUGAGGGAUCUUUUGGAGUUACAGAGUACCAGCAAAGACAUUCAUAUCAGAGAAGAUGAAAAAGGAAACACAGUGAUUACUGGGGCCAAAGAGUGUGAAAUUGAGACACCAGAUGAAAUGUUGAGUCUCUUGGAGGCUGGCAAUGCAGCCCGUCACACAGGUACCACACAGAUGAACGAACACUCCAGCCGAUCACAUGCCAUUUUCACAAUGUACCUCAAUCAAAAACAACCCAGUAAUGGACAACAAUCAAAUACUGAUGAGGAGCACAUUAUAAAAGAAUCAGAGAGGUCAUUUCAGCUGAUUUCUUCCAAAUUUUGCUUUGUCGAUCUAGCUGGUUCAGAAAGAGUUACCAAAACAGGGAACACAGGUGAACGAUUUAAGGAAUCGGUUCAAAUAAACAGUGGUCUCCUGGCACUUGGGAAUGUGAUCAGUGCGCUUGGAGACCCAAAGAGAAAAAGUAUACACAUUCCAUACAGGGAUACUAAGAUAACCCGUUUGCUGAAGGACUCUCUUGGAGGGAAUGCUAAAACCGUAAUGAUUGCAUGCAUUAGCCCCUCGUCAUCUAAUUUUGAUGAAUCGCUUAACACUCUGAAAUAUGCCAACAGAGCCAGGGACAUAAGAAACAAACCUAUUGUAAAUUAUGACCCAGACUGGGAUCGGAUAGAUGAAAUGGAAUUACAAAUCAAAACACUCCGGGAGGCACUGCAGAAUCAACAGACGAGCCUACUGACUCGAGCCAGUCAGGUUUCACAAGAUUUGUUGUGUCAGGACAAAAAACGGAUCCAUUCUCUGGAGGAGCAGGUCGCCCAUCUACAAAUGGAAAGCUAUCGCUAUAAACACUGCAUAGAUGAAGCCUUCCACUUCCUCUUGGAAUUUAAAGAUGCAAACAGUUUGAAAGAAGGCCAGUGGCAAAAGAUGAAGGAGUGGUUCAACAUGGUAGAGGAACUGCAAAAUGAAUUGCCUGACCUGUUUGGUGCUGAUAGCGGAUUUGGAAAUGGAGGGCAAGAAUCUCAUCACAUUACUAUAUUUCAGUUGAAGAGGGAGCUGAAGAAAUGCCAGGAUUCCCUGGCUACAGAUGAGGAAUUAUUCAGUCAAAAAGCAGCUGAGCUGAAGGAUGCACUACAGCAGAUACAAGCUAUGGAACAGGAAAAGGAAGAAUAUUUGUCAGCUUUAACAGAAUUUCAAGAAAGAUGUCACAUUCAAAAUGACAAAAUGGUUGAACAACAACUUAUUAUGGAUCAACUCCAGGAAGAAUUACAGCUCCUUAAAACUGACAAGGUUUCAAUUCAUAGAAGUUCAGAAGGAGUAGAUUUAGCUGUGAACACAGCAAGAAGACCUCACAGUGUGCCAUUAUCCAAUAUCCAUCUUAAGUCUUUCAAUGUAAUACAAUCCAGUCAAGCUACUCCCAGCAUAGACUCCAGAAAGGUGCACACAAGCCCCCCUUCAUACGCUCUUGAUAGGGUGGUGGCAGGCUUUCGAACACGCAGUCAAAUGUUAGUGGGACAUCUUGAAGAGCAUGAUGAGGUUCUUCGUCAUAAAUUAACUGAUGAUAGUGAUGAUGAUGAAGAAAACAAGAAAGAAAACACAAAAGCACAGGCUUCCAGGCAUUCAAAAAAUCAGACAUGGACUCAGAAACAAGCCCGUGUGAUUAAUGACACAAAGUUAUUAAAAAAAAGUGCCUUCCAUAUGGACAAUCAAGGACAUGGUGACAACAAAACCGAAUUGGAAUCAGAGAAAGCUACACAACAAAAUUCCUUCUCUGAGGCUGACCGCCUGCGUCAGAGCCAAGUAUUAAACAUGAAAAAAUUGAAGACUGCAGAUAUGGAUGUGGCUCAUUCCAAGCAAAAAAUAAGGGAGCUUGCCAUCAACAUUCGUAUGAAGGAGGAACUCAUCAAAGAACUGGUUAAAACAGGUCAGGACGCCCAGGCUGUGAACCGACAGUAUUACCAAAAGAUCACUCAGUUAGAACAAGAAGCUGAGCAGGCCAAGACUGAGCUGUCAGAAGCUCAGAAACAACUACAGGAACUGGAGAACAAGGAACUCAGGGAUGCUACAGAGAAAGCGAAGCUACAAAGAGAAUUCCGCAAGAAAAUGGAAACAGCCAAAGAUAAAAUGCAGACCCUGCAGAGGAAACAGCAGGAAACAAAAAAGUUGUUUUCUUUAUCAGCGCAGAGUGAGAAACGCUUGGUCCAGUUAAGCCAGAAUGUGGAAAACAUGAAACAACAGCAACAGCUGCUCCAGAAAAAACUGCAUGAAGAAAGUGAGAAGAAACGAAAACUGGAAAAUGAGAUUCAAAGAGAUCAGCAACUAAUCAAAGAGCUGGAACUAAAGAGAGAGCAGCAGCAGAAAAUUCUGAAGAGGAAAGCUGAAGAAAUUACCCAUCUGAAGAAAAUGAAAUGCUCCCCUGUCAUCUCACAGGAACAGCAGAGGCUUGACGAACAACGCAAAUGGUUGGAUGAGGAAGUGGAGAAGGUUCUGCAGCAAAGACGAGCUCUAGCUGAGUUGGAAGAGGAUUUGAGGAAAAGGGAAGUUAUUGUAGACAAGAAAGAGGCACUAUUGCAAGAGAAAAGCCAAUUGGAAAUCAAAAGGUUACGUUCCAGUCAGGCCUUGAAUAAAGAUAUUUUAAAUGUAUCCACUCGUUUAAACACAAUAGAAAAGGAAUUAUCAGACAAAAAUACUCAGCUUCAGAACAGUACUACAGAGGAAAGAAAAACCAUUUCAGAAGAGAUGCAAGUACUUCAACGGGAACGAGCUCAACUUUUGAAAAGAAGGCACUGUCUAGAUGAGAAAUUAGAGCUUGGAAAUGUUCUGUCCCCUGAGGAGGAGCGAAUACUUUUUCAAUUGGAGGAAGGUAUUGAAGCUCUGGAUGCUGCCAUAGAGUACAAAAAUGAAACCAUUCAUUGUCGACAACAUUCAUUGAGGGCCUCAGAUGGUAGCCUUGCCCAAAAUGAUGCAAAUGUAAUGUUUAAACUGGGUGCUUUGUCAGCUGCUGAGACAAGAGUCCUUCUCUGCAGAUAUUUUAAUAAGGUGAUUAGCCUACGUGAGACUGAACGAAACUUGCAGGUGCAAUGUGCAGAAAUGUCUGUGAAGGUAACUGAGCAAGAGAGCAUGGUCCAUGAAUUAGAAUCUGCAGUGGAGCGUUUAUCAAUGGAGAUAGAUAGACGACUGACAAUGCAACAGAAGGAGCAUGAACAGAAAAUGCAGCUAAUAUUACAGCACUUUAAAGACAAAAGUGGUGAGGGAUUUGCAGAUGGUAAAAAGGCGUAUGAUUCGAAAAUCCAACAGCUGGAGAAGGACCUGUACUUCUAUAAAAAAACAAGCAGAGAAUUGAAGAAGAAACUACGGGAAUUGGUCGAAUCUCUAAACCAGAACCAGCAAGCGGCAGCUUCAAGAAAUAAUGGUACUGGUGAUACAGUAUUAAGUCAAACAGGAGCAGAAGUUUGCACAAAGGAACAAAAAUGGGCUUCCAGACCAUCUAAAAGUAUUGAAGAAGAAAAUAACAGUCCUCCAGCUCCAACUGGAGCACACAAAAAACAGAAAUUAUGGGAAGAAAUUUCUGAAAUGGCACAGGAUUCCACAAGGAUUACCCAUGAGCAAGAGUAUUCAUUCAGUUCAGAAGUGGCAGAUGAAGCACAGCCAUCAAAUGCCCACGCUUCACCAAUCAAGCCUUCUCAGACAAUUGAGAAGCCAUCACAGCUUCAUAUUAUUACUCCUGUAAGAUUAUCCCGCAAAGACUUGCGGCAGAUUACUGCAAUGCAGGUGUCCAUGAGGCGCUCAAGUUUCAGUAGCAGUGUAAACUCUGUCCCUACAGAUUCCAUUGAAAUAACCAGAAAAUCUCUGGACUUAAAUAUGUAGCACAAAACUUGCUGAUUGUGAACCUUGCACUGUUCUUGUACUGGAAGCAUACAAGCUAAUUCCUAGUUUGGCUGGAGAAAUCCACUUAAAAAUGUUGGUUUGCUACAUUAAGUGGGAUUGUAUCACAGGGAACAUGUUAAUUAUUCCAAAUAUCCAUGUAAUAGAUUAUAAACAAUUGCUGCAAGACCCACAUUCCCAUAGUGCAUUCCUCUAGCUGACUGGAUUGAGUUGGAUCAGCUCUCUAAUGUGUAAGGGCACAAAGAAAACUAGGUGUAUAGUUUUGCUUCUAACAUUUUCACAUAGCAUUAUCAGAAGACUGCAGGAUGUUAGUUAUAUGUAUCUGAAUGAAGACUAGAAUGCACAGAUAAUCAAAUUGAUAUUACAUGGGGAGGAGGACUAUAUAAAGCAGUGGGAGUAAAAUUAUGGUCGAUGAAGUUAAAGCACUUAUUGAACUAAUCUGUGCCAUCACUAAGACCACUUAAUUCCACCUCAGUAGUAUUGCCUGACUUUUCCCCCAUCCCACCCCCAGUCACCUGCUACUGAAACUAUGCCUUUGUUACCGUUAGACUUGACGAUUCCAAUACUUGGCCAGCCUCCCAUGUUCUACCAUCCAUAAAGUUCAGGUCAUCCAAAACAGCAUUUCCUAACUUGCGGCAAGUCACACCUACCUGUCAUCCCUAUGCUUGCUGAUCUAUAUUGGCUAAGCAAUGUCUUGAUUUAAAAUUCUGGUCCUGGUUUUCAAAUCCCCCCAUGGUUUAGCCUCUCCCUAUUUCUGUAAUAUCCUGCAGCGCACUACACUCAAGGCAUCUGUGCUCCUGUAAUUCUGGACUUUUGAGCAUCCUCAGUUUUAAUCACUUUAGCAUUGGUGGCCAUGCCUUCAGCUGCCAAGGCCUUAAGCUCUGGAAUUCCCUCCCACAACCUCUCCACCUGUCUAUCUCUCUUUCUUUCUUAAAGAUGCUCCUUAAAACCUACCUCUGCUCUAAGAUUUCUUUAUGUGGUUCGGUGUCAAAUUUGGUUUAUAAUCCUCCUGUGAAAGGCAUGGGGACAUUUUAGUCCUUUAAAGACAUUAUAAAUAUAGAUGUUGUUUAUUUGGGAAAAUUGAAACAUUUAAUUUGCAUAAUAAAUAGCACUCCAAUGCAGCUUUUCAUAAUGCUGUUUUGAUAACAGAGCUCAAUUAACUUUAAAACGGCAGGAUUUCUUUUGCACAAGCAUCUUAGGUUAUGCUUAAAUAUCUGCCCAUAACUAGUGGCUGGGUUAAUGUAUUUCACAAGUUCUGAUUGACUGAUCAGUGAGCAUCACUUCACAGUCUGUCUCAUGUUCUAAAAAUGCAAAUGCUAAAAGUAAUGCCUUAAGCAGUCUACUGCUAGUAAUGAUGUCAUCUCUAACAAGUUUGAUCUGAGUAACAGGAAGCUUUACAUUUAUUGGUGUCAACUUGGCAUAAUUGUUAGUAUAUUUGACUGCCAUAGAGGGGGAUCAUUUUUGUCUGCACCGCUUGGGUGGUAAACCAGUGGGAUGGAUUACCCAUCCAUUAUAGAUACUGGCCAAUUUUCAUUUCCAUUCAAUUAAAUGCUGUCUAUAAUGAGUGUGCAAACAACUCUGUCAAUUUGCUACACAGGCAAUAAAAACAAAAUUUAUCUCCAGAAGGUGGUGCAUUUGAGUCUCAUUCCAGGGCUUCAGCCUGGAAUUAGGGCUGUUACUGUUGCACAAUACUGCUCAUUACUGGUGAUGCAAUCUUUUGGGUGAGACAUUAAAAUGAAACCCCAUCUGCUUGUUCAAGUGGAUUUUUAAAGGUCUCAUGACACCAUUGGAAGAUGGGCAAGGGAGUUCUGUCCUGGCCAACAUUCUUCCCUCUUCAGACACCACUAAAAUUACCUGACUGGCCAUUUAUCUCAUUUGUUUUUUUGUCAAAAUUGGUUGUUACAUUUGUCUCCCUAACAAAGAUUACAUGUCAAAAGUAAUUCAUUGAAGUGUAUUAUAUACUUGCACUUUCUUUCUUUUAUUUAUUUUGCUUUAACUGGUAGUCUGUCCCCAUUUCAUUGUCUAACAAAACUGCAUUAUACUCAUAAUAAGCUAUGUUGAGGGGAUGGAGCAGUGUAUUUUGGUUAGACUCUGACCUUUCAUAUUGAGUUUCAAAUCCAAUCCAUACAUGUGAGAUGAAUGUAUCCUGUUUGCUGGAGCGGGCGGAUUGAGUUUGAGUAAAAUUAUUUCAGAUCCACUAAGCAUAGAUUUACAGCAUGUAUCUGCCCUGAAUUUAAUGCUAAUUGGAAGUUUUGCUCAGCUGUGGAUAAUGGAAUGAAAAAGGUACACUGAUGCAGCAAGGAUGCUGUUCUGAGGUUAGGGCUGAGGCACCUUUUUGGAACAGAGCAGAGGGCGCUUUGAUCUCCAUUGGUGGUGCUAUACCUAGCCCCUGGGAGUGCUUGAUGGAAGCGCUAGUUCACAUCCCAGUAUCAACAUUCCUCACCUUAAGCUCAGAAUUUAAUAGAAAAAGAUAUGCAGCACUUUGGUGUAUUUUAACCUUACUGCACAGUUAUUUGUAGUGAGGAAGUUAAAUGUGCUGCUUAUUGAGGAAUUUCUCCACAUAAAUGACAAAUAUAAAAUUAGAAAAAGAAAACGCACUUGAAGAAAAUAAUUCUCGGGUCUUCAAGUGUCCCCAAUCAAAUAAGGAUGCUGUUAUUUUCCAGAUGUGCAGUGAAUAUAAUAUUCAUUUUAUGCUAGUAUUUCAAAUGUGCUACAUUUCUGUCCCUAUGUUGUCAUGAUCUAAAUGUUAUUCAGUGUUCUACGUGUCUUCAUUUUUGUACUUUAAUGAGGAUAUUUUAGUAUUCCAGUUUAUUUUUUUUUGUAGAAGCAUUUUAUAUGAUUGCACAUGUUAAUUUUAUUUUGAGAUGUUUGUAUUUGUGUAAAAAUAAAACAAUGUAAGGUUG